GUUUUGUAUUAAUGACGCGUGCCGGCGCGCGCGCUCCCAAUGCUCAAGCCUUACGUAUCGACGUAAACACGUGCCGGUCCCCCGGUUACGGGUUUCUUUUGGCAUUUCCCCCUACAAUCAUCCAUCCAUCCUUGUCUCUUUCUCUCUCCCCGCUCUUUAUUCUUGGUCAGUAGCAGCAGCAGAGGCCGUGAUGGCGGACCCCGCGGCGGCAGAAGCAGCAUCCUCUCCGUGUCCGACUCCGGGCCUUUCUCCAGCGGCGAGUCCGGGCUCCGAGCCUCCCUCCGCGGCUCUGUCUCCGUCGGCGGGCGGCGCGCAGCGGCUCCUUUUCACGCACGACUUGGUGUCCGGUCGGCACCGCGGUUCGCUGCGCUUCGGCCUCGUGCGAAUGAUCCACGGAGAGGAGGAUUGGACCGAGGACGAGGAUGAGGACCUUGAUGGCGGCGGAGGCAGAGACGGUGGUGGUGGCGGUGGAGGCGGCGGCGGUGGCGGUAGUAGUGGCGGCGGCGGCGGCAGUGGCGGUGGUGGUGGAGGAGGAGUCGGGGGAGGCGGCGGCCGCGUCCCCGGGAGCUCGGAUACUGAGAACGGGGCUCUGGAGUCCCGGACGUGGCCUCUCGGUAGGGGCUUCGUGCGCGUGCAGUGGUAUCCCGAGGGCACGAAGCAGGAUGUUCGGGAAACGAAGCUGAAACUUGAAGAUCGAUCCAUUGUGCCUCGAGACUUUGUGCGCCGAAUGAAUUCAAAUGAUAAGCAGUGUGGUAUAGUGACCAACAUUAACACAGAGUGCGCAGUGAAGCUGGUGGGGACCAACUGUUGUUUAUAUCCUGUAAAUAGUCGAGACCUGCAACACAUCUGGUCUUUUAUGUAUGGCGAUUACGUUGUGUAUGACUUCUGGCUGGGGAAGGUGUAUGACCUCAGCAAUCGCAUCAUCCUGAAGCUGUCCAACGGAGCACGGUGUUCAAUGAGUGAAGAAGAUGGAGCCAAACUCUAUGAUGUUUACCCACACGUCAGCGAUUCGGGGCUGUUCUUUGACGAGGCAUACGGCUUUUACCCGGGUCAGGUCCUCAUCGGGCCGGCUAAGGUCUUCUCAAAUGUGCAGUGGCUGUACGGCGUGAAGCCUGUCCUCAGCAAGAAGAGCAAAUUCAGAGUAGUGGUAGAAGAGGUGCAGGUUGUGGAGCUCAAAGUGACGUGGAUCACUAAGAGCUACUCUCCUCAAGGCUCGGACAGUGUCAUCCCUCCUCCAUCUACCAUCACACAGGAGAACCUCUGCAGAGUGAAGCGUCUGGGAUACUUUGACCACACACAGAGGCAGCUGGGCGAGAGAGCUCUCUACGUCUUUCCUGCUAAAGGAGACGCAACACGAAUCACCUGCGAGGGCCCAGAGGGGGCGCCCGUCUUACCCGAAGACCCAGUCAUCCGGAAGGUCAAACGCAUGUUUAAAAAGCACCCAGGAAAGAAGGCGACAGAGAGUGCAGAGUCACAGUCCAACAGUGUGCAGACGGCUGGGAAAACAGAUGAAGCUGAAGAGCAACAAUCAGAGGCACCUCAUGACCAUACAGCGGAGAACUCAUCGCCACAGCGCUCCAAUAAUGGCCCCGUCCCAAACGAGGCAGAUGAGGAAGGAAGGGAGCAAGAGCCCACCAUACCCCAGGCACAGUGGCCUCUUCUCGGGGAGCUGGAGUCAGAUGAGGACGCCGCAGAAGACACGGAUGACACGAGCUCAAUCACAUCCUCGGCUAGCUCCACAGCCUCGCUGCACAGCGGCCAGAGCAGAAAGAAGAGCAUCCCUCUGUCUAUCCGCAACCUGAAGAGGAAACACAAGAAGAAGAAGACCAAGUUCUCCCGAGAGUUCAAACCAGGAGACAGAGUGGCUGUGGAGGUUGUUUCCACGGUUACCUCAGCUGAUGUCAUGUGGAAGGAUGGUCGACUAGAGACAGGAAUUCGUUCUAACGACCUCAUCCCAAUCCAACACCUGGACAACCAUGAGUUCUGCCCUGGAGACUAUGUAGUGGACAAACGCAGCCAGGCGCUGCAGGACCCGAGUGUGUAUGGCGUGAUUCAGAGAGGAGACCACAAGGCCAGGACAUGUGUGGUGAAGUGGAUCAAACUGAACGCUACAGGAGACGAUGUGGAGGUGAUUGGUGAGGAAGAAGAUGUCAGUGUUUACGAUAUAUCGGAUCACCCCGACUUCCACUUUCACACCACAGACAUCGUCAUACGGAUAGGCAACUCAGGCUCAGAGGAGUUCAGUGACGAGAGGACUGUGGGACAGGUGUGCAGAGUUGAUGUCAGCAGUAAGGUGGAGGUGGUCUGGGCUGAUAACUCUAAAUCUGUCGUCUUGCCCCAGCAUCUAUACAAUGUCGAGUCAGAGAUUGAGGAGACGUACUACGACUCGGGCGAGGGCAGCACCAGCGGCGCCUCCUCAGAGGAGUGGGAGGACGAGAGCGACAGCUGGGAGACUGAUAAUGGCCAGGUAGAGGAGGAGGCGGGGACAGGAGGAGAAGACGCCACCCCCAAAACGGAAGCUCUGCCUGAGGUCAAAGCCUCGACGCCCAGUGCCACGGCUGGCACAGACACACAGGGGACACCUGCUACACCCGAACUGCCAGCAGGUGGAGCACCAACGAGUGAGGAGAAGCCCAGUAAGGAGACACCGCGACUGGCCUUCCGCGAGCUCAAAGAGGCCCUGAAGAUCCUGGAAAGCCUGAAGAACAUGACAGUGGAGCAGCUGUGGACCGGCUCGCCCACCUCACCCAUUGCCGAGCCAACAGGCGCCACUGGCACUGCCACCCCAGCCGAUGCCAAGCCCACGAAGGAGAAACGCUUCCUGGAUGACAUUAAGAAGCUGCAGGAGAACCUGAAGAAAACUCUGGACAAUGUGGCCAUCGUGGAAGAGGAGAAGAUGGAAGAGGAGCGGGCGUCAGCCCCCGCCGAGCCUCAGACACCGGUGCGCUCUGAGUGGCCCAGUGAUACGCCUGUCCUGUGCCAGCAAAGCGGUGGUAAACCUGGUGUCACGUUCACCAGUGCCAAGGGCGAGGUAUUCUCUGUGCUCGAGUGGGCGCCAGACACCCACACAUUUAAGAAGAUGGAGUUCCAGCCGGCUGAAGCUAAGAAGUUCUUCAGUACUGUCAGAAAGGAGAUGGCUUUGCUGGCCACGUCGUUGCCUGAUGGCAUUAUGGUCAAGACAUUUGAGGACCGCAUGGACCUGUUCUCAGCUCUGAUCAAGGGUCCUACACGUACACCAUAUGAGGAUGGCCUGUUCUUGUUCGACAUCCAGUUGCCCAAUAUUUACCCCGCUGUGCCACCACUAUUCCGCUACCUGUCACAGUGCAGCGGACGCCUCAACCCAAACCUCUACGACAACGGCAAAGUGUGUGUCAGCCUGCUGGGCACGUGGAUCGGCAAGGGCACAGAGAGGUGGACGAGCAAGUCGAGUCUCCUGCAGGUGCUCAUCUCUAUUCAAGGCCUGAUUUUGGUCAACGAGCCGUACUACAACGAGGCGGGCUUUGACAGUGACCGCGGCCUGCAGGAGGGCUAUGAAAACAGUCGUUGCUACAACGAGAUGGCCCUAAUCAAGAUGGUGCAGUCCAUGACACAGCUCCUGGCGCAGCCAGUCGAGGUCUUCCAGCAGGAGAUCCGUGAGCAUUUCUGCACCAGUGGCUGGAGACUUGUGCAGCGACUCGAGUCCUGGCUGGAGCUGGAUGCAGCCGUGUCUGAACGUGGUGCUCGAAACGCCGGCGCCAUGCGGGCUGAGCCACUGGACGAGGAGGUUCCUGAGGCGCUGGCGCACAGCAGUCCUACAGGCAAACCCGAGACCAGAGGUGAGGAGGAGCUUGAAGACUCUGGUCUCGGUGCCUCCAAGGACCUCAGCCUGAGCUCAGAUUUGGACGGCUCCAGAGGGGCAGAGCCUGCACAGCAGGGUGGCAAAGCGGCACAGGAGUCUCAGCCGUCUGUCAGGCCGAAGAAGCGGAGGCGGAGCUACCGCAGCUUCCUUCCUGAGCGUAGCGGCUACCCGGACAUCGGCUUCCCGCUCUUUCCCCUCUCAAAAGGCUUUGUUAAGAGCGUGCGUGGCGUCCUGUUUCAGUAUCGUGCAGCACUGAACGCUGCCGGCAUUCCUGAAGAGAAAUAAUCACUCAUCCACUCAUCACAUUUUUCAUCUUUUUCUCUUUCUUUGCUCGUGUUGAGAGCUGCACUCAACCCCUUUAACCCACCGACCUCCAGCAAGGCUACGCUCCCUUUGCUAGCCAACCAUGUGUUUGAUGUUUUUUUUUUUUUUUCCUUUUUUUUCUUUUCAAGGUGUUGUGUGGUCCCAAACCCCUCUGUUGCUGUGAAAACGCCUCUUCCAUAUCGACUCUGGUCUCUCAGGGAGAUAUUGAGAUGCCUGAAGCGUUUGGAGGAGGAAGAAGGGGAGGAUGAUAGAAGAAUCUUUUUGAAGCAGGACAAAGACCUAUGUGAAGUUUAUGUGAUUUGUGAGGUAGAACAACACCCGAGAGCUGGGACAGAUACACCAUUCAGCACUGAAAGGGCAGUGUCUUGAAACUUGAGCCAUGAGACCAAAACUGACGGAGAGGACAUGUUGUCACGCUACUGAAACAUGCAGAGGGUUUUGCACAAAGUUUACUGUUAAUGACUGCUGGGCAAAAAGAAUUGUGGCUUGUUCUUGUACAGGUCACCGUGAUGUUUUGGCUCAGUUGAUUGUCAUCCUCUUUUUCACUGGAGAACUACACUUCCCAGCAUGCUCUCCACUCUUCAUUUCCUCAUGAAGUGCUGCUCUGUGUUGCUUUAUCAUUUUCACAUUUCAGCCAAUCUCAAGCUCUUUUAACAUUAGUGUUGCUUGAUAGUUUUGCCUCAAGUUUUGCCCCAACACACACACACACACACACACACACACACACACACACACACCACUAUACACCUAUAUACUUAUACACUUACAUGCAUACUGAAUGUCACAAAACUGCCCACAUGUGGCUGUGAGCCUGUUAAUCAGUUAGUACGCCUGGUUACCAAGUUUACAUGCAAAAACAAACAAGACACAGUAAACUCUUUCAAUUCUCAGAACUAUAUCACAGGAGGUUUUUUACAUCUGCCAUCAAGACCUUGCUCUGUGUAGCUCAUUUCUGCCUUCUCUUUAAGCUCACUCCAUUCAUGUACAAUACAUUUUACACUUUUUAUAAGGAAAAGCUACACAGUUUUGCUACACAAUGUGUCUUUAUAAUCCACAAACAAGCGUUCAGACGUGUGCUGGACCUUCAAGAGAAGAGCUUUCAAAGAUCUGGGCUUGAACAAAGCGCAUAGACACGAUCCUUAUAUCUUUCCUUCUCUCUCUCUCUCUCUCUCUCUCCGUGGCUCUCUCACUCUCUUCCCUUAGCUAGCAAACAUCUUAUCCAUUAUCCAGUUUCUGUAACAUACACUGCCUACUUUAAGAUGCCAUAUGAUACACACUGCACAUUAUUCCUAACAGAAGGACUUGUUAUUUUUAGAAGCACAAUCCCAACCCUUUCUUCAUGCUGUGAAAUGCUAAGUUUAUCAGAUUUCAUCUGUAUUCUUCUUAUUUUUUAGAUACGAUUGCAUUUAGCACUUUUUUUAGUCUUUGUGUUUAUGGAACAACCAGUAUUCUGAUGUAGCACAAAAAGGGAGGCUAAUGUUGUGUACAUGUUCUAUUAUGACCACCAGGGGGCGACAAAGUACUUUUUUUUUUUUUUUUUUUUUUUUUUUUAAAGCACAGUGUCCCUGGAACAGCAUGGCUCUGGCCAACACUGCUUAUGUCUGUGUGGCUGGUGGGAGAUACUGGCUUAUUGUUUAGUGUAGUAGUGUGCGUUUUGGCUCCAAUGUCCUAAGUAGAAAGUCUGAAUUUUAGACUGUUACAGGAUCUUGUACCCAAAUCCUGAGCAUGAUGGGAAAACUUCAGCAGGCAGAAGGACAUUAUUCUUGUUUACACCAGAAGAGCUGUAUUUGAAGUUGUAGCUUUCUGCUGCUUUGUAAGUGAAGGGUGGCAGGUUUUAAUAGUGUACUUGUAAUAUUCUGCUCGAGCCUCAAUGCUAAAUGCUGCACGUGUUUCAGUCUGAGUGCUGUAGCACCUCUGAGCCAAUGCCACAUCAUUUCCAAAUUUCUGUACAUAUCCUGUAAGCCCCCUCUGGAAGCUGUCAUUUAUUUCUUCAGUGUUCAUCGAUUUAAUUGACUUGAAUGAUCACCUACACAGCUUCUAACCAGAAAUGACCCAGCUAUGCUGCAUUAAAUCUGGGUUUCCCCGUGUCUAAUUUACAACCAAAAGCUUGCAUUUGCCAGCCUUAAAGGAAGCUCAAUGGAUUUGUAUGGUAAUCAGUACAUUCUAGUAUUACUGCAAGGAAGGAGAACUAGUGUUAGUGCACACACAUUCAGCACAUUUUCUUUGUUCAUUUCUUCAUUUUUUUAAUUUAUUUUUCUCAUUUUUCUUUGCCUUUUUUCAUUUUCUCAUGUUUUUCAUCUCAUUCUCCUCCUCCUUUCUUUCUUUCUUUCUUUCUUUCUCUCCUUACUUUUCUUGACACUCUUUAUCUUUCUUUGUCUUGUCUAUCUUUAUUUCCUUUUCUUAUCUUUUUUUCUGAUGUAUUCUUUUUUUUCUUCUUUCCUACAUGCCGUUGUUUAUUUUAUUCUUUAUGCUGGAUUGCUGUGUAAGUCUCUGAUCGCUGUGAUUCUGCUCUUUGAGCGAACAUGUUUAUUCAUGGUUGGCAAUAGCUUUACUCAUCUUAGAGAAAUGUAUUAGAGUUGCAUUUUCCCCACUUUCCUCAGUAUAUUCUUUGUCAUGAUAUACUAGGAUGCAGUUUAAAAAAAAAAAAAAAAGAUGCCCAGAGCAGCACUCUAACACUGGACAUGGAAAAGUCCUGCAGUGCAUAUAUAGAUAUAGUGUAGUUUUUUCCCCGGCAGCUAAAGUGCAUUCCCUUGCUGACACAGUGUGGAUGUAUUAGAGCAGGAACCAGUGGUUCCUUAUCACUCUUACCCAGUUGACCUUUGCUGGAUCUAAUGAUACUGAUAUGGCCUGAGGUUUGCACUGUUUUUCUGUGAUAGAGCAGGAAAAUGCAUUAAUACUGCACGCUCCCCAGGUGCUCCAGAGUUGGCCUAAGUCAGUUCUUAUUAUUAUAAAGAUCUUUAUCCUCCUGCUGAACUCUGACCUUUCCAGCAGUGCAGUCCAUCUCCAUUCUGUGCAGCGGUUUUUACAAUCUUACACAAUCUUACACUAAAGAACUGACAUCAUUGGAUCUUUUUAGGUUUUUUUUCCCAUUUGUCAUCUUUUACUAUUUGGGAUUUGGUUCAAAUACUGCUUCUUUGCAGUGCUGUGGAACUACUCUAAUUAGGACUGAGUUCAGGAUGUGGCCCAUGUUAAAGCCCUCUUACUGUUACCGUUUCCUGCUGUUAUCCUACUGCUCACCUUUGACCUCCAACUCUCUCCAUUUCUGCUAUUAUGAAAACAAAUGUGAAGUCUUGACAUCAAGCACAUGAAGCUCUGACCCGUUUUCUCACAUCCGUGUAGAAAAUCCACCUUCAGUCCUGUUGACGAGAGACAACAGCCAAAGCAUGCAACAUGUCGCUUUAAGCCUUAUGGCUGCUCACAAGACUUGACUGUAUGAUAUAAAACAUUUCCACAGUGGCCUGUAUUGGUAAACUAAUGAAAAAAAAAAAAAAACAAGAUUUGUAGCCUGAUUUCCUCUGUACAGAAGUCAUGACUAUAUAUAAAUACAUAGAUUAUAUAUAUAUUUAACAAACAUGAGUUCAAAGUGAUUAAUGUGAAUGCUUGGGGCAUAUUAAUUGCGGAGUGUGUGUAUUACUGUAUUUUCUUUUGGUUCCUUUGUAUUUUUUUAACAAUUUAUUUUGGUUGCAUUAAAAAUUCAAAUGUAUAAAGUGAAGCAUUAAACUCUUGGCGAGCAGAAACCAGA